AUGCCAAGUGAGCGCAUAAUGAUGGAGGGGAGCGACCGGUACAUUUCCAACUCCUAUUUGGAGGAAUUCAACGAAUCAGACAAUAACGAACAGGUAAUAAGAAGGAAGAUUAACGAAUAUGCUUUCAAGCUAAAUAACGAAAUGGAUCGUCACUCAAGCCAAUCCAUAUAUUGUGGAGUGGGUGGAAUCGUCUACAUGGAUAUCAUCCUGUACGAAGGUAAUGACGAUUACACGUUUUUACAAUUUGGAAAUGACAUAGUGAGGAAAAUAAAUUCUUACAGAGGGAAAGACACAGUUAGUUUUUUAGAAGGACCCAGCGGAUUGUACAGCUUGGCUAUCAUACUGCAUUACUAUAUGGAAAACCAUUCAAGUGUAGACAAGUAUAUACAAUACUUGGUUACUUAUUUGAAGGAUAAGAAUGAGGAAUUGGUAUCAAUAAGUGGAGAGUGUGAAUUGCUAUAUGGAAAAUGUGGUUGCAUAUAUUCCUUCCUCUUAUGUAAAAAUAUAUGGAUGAAAUCAUACCACAAAUACACCAUAUUGCAGAAUUUGUAUAUGACUAUAACCUCCAUUUUUGAAUAUGGCUUACUAAAAGCUUCCACCAUGUGGAACGUGACAUCCCUCUCACUAUACUUCGAAUGGCAUGAACACAUUUACCUCGGUGCAGCCCAUGGCUAUGCAGGCAUAUUCCUCGUCUUGUAUAAAAUGAUCAUGUUUUUUCAUAACAAUUUGAAAGAGCUAUGUGAAGCGUUGCUAGGAGUUCAUAGUAUUGCCACCCCAGAGGUAGAGGAUGAGGAAAAGUACAAAAGCUGUAGAAGCAACACCAUGCAAAAGCUCAAUGAAUAUCUGUACUUAAUAUAUCAAGUAACUGAUCAAAUUAUGAACUUGUACCUUACGGAGGAUUUUAAUGUUUAUUCUUCCAUUAAGAAAAAUAAACAACACAAAAAAAAUGACACAUUAGUUCAGUGGUGUCACGGAAAUAUCGGAUUUGUCAUUUUAAUAAUUGAGUUGCUGAAAUGUCCAUUUGCCCCAAACCAUUUUGUCAAUAAGUAUAACAAAACAUAUUUGGAAAAAAUGGGCCUUCUCAUAUGGGAACGAGGGUUAUUAUACAAAGGGAUGGGUCUUUGCCAUGGCAUUCCAGGUAACGGAAUCGCCUUCUUAUACCUGUAUAAGUAUACGGGUGAGAGGAGUUGGUACAUUAAAGCCUUGAAGUAUGCUCUCUUUUGUAUUAAAUAUUUUGACCGGCUCUACAGCGUGCCAGACAGACCUAAUUCGCUAUUCGAGGGGUAUGCAGGAUUGGUUGUCUUCCUUAACUUUGUUUUGAAACCCGACUCGACUUACUUCCCAGGAUAUGACACCCCCCCCGAUUUGCUCCAAACGUCGGGAUAG